GAGAACUAAUCAACGACCAUUUAGAACAACAUCAACUCAAAGGAAAUAUCUCCCCCGAAUUACAACCUUUUUGCUCCCUGUGUUACCCCCCUUCGCAAGAAUUCACUCUCCCUUUUCGCCGAUUCUGGCUUUGGAUCGAAACUGCUGAGGCGAAAUCAUAUAACCGCAUUACUCAACAGACUUUUCAAGAAUUAAUCAAUUACGAUUACGGCGAAUUCGCUUGCUCAACACCAUUUUAUUUGGUGAAUACCUUGUUGUCGACGAUCAGAUCCGGCUCGUCAACUCCGCAUACGGAAGAUAGUAACGACAACGAAGAAGAGGAAGAAAUCAUCGAAGACGAAGAUCUAAUUAACUUUUCCAGUCCUGAGAGUUCUUCAACCGACGAAGAAGUAAUUUACGAGGAAAAUUUAGAAGACGCCGACGAAGAACAAGUCAGCGAUCCAGACCAAAUCAGAACCCCAACACCAGAACCUGAAAUGGCGAACGUAGCUGACGUUUUGAACGCCCUGGAAAUGCCCUCCAAACCUCAAUACCCGCCAAGAAACAACGAUUACCGUGGUAACUGGUCAAAUAACCGACGGACGUUAACCUGUUAUAGUUGUGGAGAGGAAGGACACAUUAGUACACAAUGUCCAACAGCUCGUUCUAACAACAACUAUAGAAAUAACAACGGAAAGAAUUGGCGAGAUCGUAAUAAUGGAAACUCUCAUCUGCAAAAUAACGCUCAACCUAAUAUGGAAAACCGAUCGACGAACAAUGGUCGAGUCAACAAUGACACCAAUGCCGCAUUGUUAAUGCAGAUUCAGGAGUUAACGAACGCUUUACAAACGCAAACGGUCAAGGAUAAUAUUAACAAUGUUCAUUCUCUACUCGCAACUCACAAGUAUCUACCCGGUGAAAGAAAGUCAAGAAAGGUUGAUCGGCACAACCCAUAUGCAAAGCAAUCCACUUCGCAAGAUGAGGAUCUUGAGAAAGAACAGAACCAAGAAAACGAACCAUUAGUUGAAGAUAGCGACAUGGGAGAAGCCGAACCGUCAAAGACUCAGGAAGCUGAGGAAAUGGUAGCCCAUGCGCGACAUUGUCAUCAACAACAACAGUUUGUGCAAGCUCAAUGCAUCGCCCAAACCAUACCAGGAUUCGUCGAAGUACCAACCAUAAAGCUUACCGAGAUAAGUCCAACAAAUAAAGUUCGACGAAGAAACCAUUAA